GUGAGUGCUGAAUUCCCAGAGGCAGUAGCACAUUCUGGAAGAAUAUGUAUCCCCUUUAUCUCCCAAGGAAGCCUUGCUUCUCAAAACAGUGCACAAACUGAAACACUGGUAUCCUUUGGAAUUUGCAUUUCCAAAUUUUGCAACACUGUUCUCUAACCAAAAUAUUUCUGAAGAAAUUUCUUUAUUAGGAAAACAUGCAUUAAAAUGCAUGCACUAAGGAAAAUAACAAAAUACACUGCAGAAAUAUACAAGCCGGGGAAAAGAACAUACAAAAACAUGUCUGUUAGGAGAAAUGCACCCUAAAAUGUAGACGUAUUUUCAUGAGGACUUGCUUUCUGAAAGAAUGCAAAUGACGCAGAAAUGUGGCAAACUGAACUAAAGACCGGGGAGCUAAGAAACUGGGAGUCACUGAAAUUGACUGUGCUGUCCAUUCCUACUCAAGAGUGAAAGGGCUUCCAACAUUUCAGAAAGUGAAUUGAUUGUAUCCACUCUCAGCUCCUGCUGGUUUCAGCAUUUGAAACCUGGUGCAAUCCAUCCUUCUUAAAACCCACUGAAGUCAGUUGUGCAAGUGUAUAGUCACAGAAAACAAACCAGAGCUAAUAGUUAUCACUGCUGAGGAAGGGGAGUCUGUCAAUAUUACUUGCAAGUUUGACCAACUGGCGAUGUCGGGGCUGCGUUUGAGACGGACACUUGUGAAAGCCAUGGAUGUGCUAUAUGUGAAAAAGCAGGGUCUAUACAUGACCAAAGCUCCUGAAUAUGCAUAUCGCAUGGAGUACUUUGAGCUGAAGAACGCAUCGACGAUAAUGCUGAAGCAUGUGAAGAAGAAUGACAGUGAUGGGUAUUUGUGUGGUGGCACCCUGAUAAUUAACCAGGAGCCCAGGAUAAUGAAUUUCAGCACUAUCAUCUUGGCAGUGAAAGAGACCUCAGCUAUGAAGCUAACGGAGUGUCCUUCAUUUCUCUGGGUGCCAUAUAUCCUUAUCUUCAUGUCACUGCUCUUGCUUGUUGGACUGGGAUAUUUUAUCCUAUCUCAUAUAGAUAUCAAGAAAUGCUGCAACAAAGGAAAGGCAGCAGAAACACAAAAUAUGGUCUAUGAAGACAUGACGUGCAGCCUGAGGCGCAACACUAUGAAUAAUGUGUAUAAUAAUUAGAAGUGAUCUCUUGCCAGAUGGAAUAAUCCCGUCAUUCUCAGACUCAGCAAAAUCCACUGCUGCAAUAUUUACUGUACACAAUGAAUAACAAAGCUGGAAUCUGCUAAGAAUCAAGAUCAAUUAUUGUUAUUAUAAUUGAAGGAAGCACAAGUCACUGUCUGGGAAAAAGGCAUUUAAAUAAUACUUUAAACUUAAACUUUUUAGCAAGAAUACCACCCACCCUGCUUACCUACUAACCCCUUUGCCACCUCCCCUUUCCCGACACCAGGCCAACCCCGCUUCUCAGUUUACACCCGAACAACCCCUUCACUUUACACACCACCCAUUCCCUUGCCUACUCUCUCACAGCUCACCCCAAUCCCUGUCCUCACAGCUCUUCCAAACCCUCUUUUUAAGGAGUGAUUCACACACUUCAGAGUGUGGUCUGCAAAACCUUCCACUCUCCUUUAAACAGCUCACAUGGGCGGGCUGCCCCCCCCCCACUGCUUGGGUGUUGUUUUUUCUUGCUUGCUGUUCUGUAGUCAUGAUGGAGUUGCAGCAUUAUGACAGCAUUAUAAUGUAUAGUAAGAAGUAAUAAUUUUGUAUUUUUAGACAUUUGCAUAGGUUUUUUGACUUUGUGAUUUUUUGUUUCCUACAACAUAAUUUCCCAGGGUUUGAUACUGUGUAUUUGAUUCCUGAUUAAAAGUGAGCUUAGCAAGACUUCUAAGUUUAUGAGUAUAUAGGAAUUUAGGAAGCUACCUUUUACUGAGUCAGGCCGUUGGUCCAUCUAGUUCAGAAUUGUCUAUGUCUGGUAGUGUCUUUCCUGGUUUUCAGAUAGCAGUCUUUAACAGACCUACCUGGAGAUGCCAGGGAUUAUACCUCCGACCUUCUGCACACAAAGCAAUGGUCCUUUCCUCAGGCCUCUGUUGCCAGAAUGAGCGAUAAAUAUUUCAAUCAAGAAUGUGCUAUAAACAUUUCAAUCAAUCUCCAUCAAAAGGUGUUUUUUUGAGGCAUCUCUCACCACAGGAUAUCCUCCUUGCACAAUUUUGGUUUACAUUCCAACACUGACAUUUCCUAAUGUUGCCAUACAUCCUAGAAAGACAAGAAGAUAUGUGGUGCACACUUGUACAACAAAUGUUCUUACCAUUCAAUGAGAUUUCUCCUCCUACUGUCUUCCAGCUGCCAUGAUAUUCAUGGGUUUCUCUACUCCUCCUUCUGGGACUAGUCAUCCUAGGAGUUUGUUUAUUUAUACUUUCUUGCAACCCACUCACUGAUGUCACCUGAGGUUCCACACAUGCCUUGGAAUUCUGAUGUUAUGAUACUUUGACCUGGAGAGCCUAUUGGUAACCUGGUUUAUGAUUAGAUGAUUUAUUAUACCCUGUACUUUUUUCUCCAUGUCUGUCUUCUGGCAAAUACUAUGGUAACUGGAACACCAGUUAAAAGAAUGAGCGACGGUGAUUCUUGGAAAGCUUGCAGAACUGUUUACUUGGGGGAGGCACAAACGACAUAGCUGGGCAAGCACGGAAAUGUAUGGACUGAUGAAAGUUUCUGCCCAUACAUGACGACCAUUAUUCAAACACUGGGUUAAUGUAAGAUUUGUAGGAACAGGUUUUGGUGUAAUGGGUGAAGUCAUCAGUCUUUUCAUAAC